UACUUUGUCUUCGCCAUCAGCAUCAUCAUCUUCACUCUCUUGCUGUCUUUUGGAAGCUCAUCAUUACUCUCUUGUUUGAGAGACCUCUUUUUCUUUGAGACUCAUUUGGUUAAAUCCUAUUUUAAUAUUAACAUUUUUGUUUGAGAACCUCAAUGGAUCUUUCACCAAUGCAGUGAUGCUCUUAAGGUUAUAUUUUUUUACCGUAACCAUCAAAUCCAUAACCAAAUAUUAGAAGUUCAUAUGCAUACAUUACAUGAAUAAGAAAGGGCUUCCUAUCUUCAUCUUGUUCCCUCUGCACAAGUAUGUAGAGAGAGCCAUUACGUACUCACUCUAUGUUUCAUUCUAUUUUUUUUAUCUCUUUUGUUCUUCUCUCCUCAGAAUGAUCCUACUUGGUAGGAUUCUAUAUCUGUCCUAUCUCACCAACAAAAAUAAAAGAAAACAAGUGUUUCAAGUUGAAACUUAAGAGUCACAGCGUAUACACACUCAUUAAUGAGACUGCAUCACAGAACAUGCAACAGCUUGUGCCCAAUAUCUUAAUCUUUGUUUCACUUGUUGAGGAUUGUCCCUUGCACAACUCUUCACAAUGAUUGCUCUAUAUAUGUAUAUUUCUAUUGACCAUAGGAAUAUAAAUCAACAUUUAAAAGUAGGUAAUGGAAUAGCUCUUUUACCUGAAUCGGUUUUUGGGCUACAAUGUAUGCUGCUUGAGGAAGCAUAAGAAGAAGACAAUGAGCGCCAUCACUGCUACGCCUGCUACUAGGUGAAAGGAGAGGGGAAAACUGCCUAUUCAUUUAUACAACACUUAUGAAGUAUUUUUUAAAAAAAUUCUAAAAUAGUCUUGAAUCACAACAAAGAUUUGAGAUUUUUUUUUAAUAAAAUGAUUUAAUGCCAUGGUAAAUGGUAUAAAUGAAAGAAAAUAUUUGAAAAUAAUAGAUUUAUUUUCUUCAUUUCUUAUUAAAAUUAACAAAAAAUGUUUAGGGAUUUUUUUUUUGUAUUUUAUUAAUGUAUUUGCCGUUCAAAAAAAAUACCAUUUAUUUGAGUGGAAUGGAAUAGUUAUUCCAUCAAUUAUACACAAAUAAAAACAAAAUACAAAAAAAAAUUCCUAAACAUUUUUGAUAAUUUUAAUAAGAAAUGAAGAAAAUAGAUAUAUUCUUUUUAUGUACUUCAUUCAUCUUAUCACAUCCACUUUUAUUUUAUUUCACUAAUUUUAUUUUAUGCUUACCAUUUUUAUAGUUUUGUAAAUAAUAAUACUUAUGAAAUCCUCAAAAGUAGAUUGUGAGAAAUGCAAAGCAUUUACUUGGAACUUGGAAGCGAGAUGAUCCGUUUUAAUCUCGUACUAAGUCAACGAACAAACCGGCGACGAACACUCUUUAGCUCUCCUACAACCGCUUCGAAGCGCUAUUUACAAUGCUUGCACGUACCAAGAAAAAAGAAAGUUUAGUUAAAUCAAAAAGAUCGUGAUCCCAAUUAAGAUAAAAUGGCGAUGGAAAUAGCAACUCCGAUUCAUGCACCGGUUACAUCUCCGGCCAGCAACCUCAUCAUAUCAGCUACAACGGCAGUGGAAACUCAGAAGAAGAACAGGAUUCAAGUUUCCAACACCAAGAAACCCUUAUUCUUCUACGUUAACCUCGCCAAGAGGUACAUUCAACAGCACAACGAGGUUGAGCUUUCUGCACUUGGUAUGGCGAUCACAACAGUGGUUACUAUCUCAGAAAUUUUGAAGAACAAUGGACUUGCAACCGAGAAGAGAGUUCUGACAUCGACAGUGGGAAUGAAAGACGAGAACAAAGGGAAGAUAGUUCAGAAGACAAAGAUUGAGAUUGUGUUGGCGAAAUCAGACAAAUUUGAUUCUCUGAUGACUCCAGCGCCGGAGGAGGAGGCGGUGGCGAAUAUGGGAGAGAAACCAAUAGAAACUGAAGCUCGUGAAGGCAAGAAGGAGUGACCACCUAAACAAAUUUCGAGGAUUAGUAUCAUUUUCUUUAUAACUAUAACAAGCAAACUGUUUGUGCGACGACACAUAAAAAAGAAUGCUUUCUUAUUAACUCAAAAGUGAAAUUUUAUGGAAAGAUAAUGAAAUGUUAUGUUGAUCAUAUUUCAUAUACUUAUAUGCGAAGUAAAUUUGGCCUUAGUUGAUAGGUGAAUAUUGUUGUACUUGUACUUCCUAAAUAUUCAGUCUUUUUUUAGUUCAUAGUUUAGUUCUAAUUAAA